CGCGUCCCCGGCAGGCGGAGCUGCAGGAGCCUCGCGGCAGCGCUGAGGAGGAGGGGAGAGCGGGCGGCGCGGCCGCGGCUGCCGGGCGCUGGGCUGGGCGGCGCUUUUUUUUUUUUUUUUCGCAAUUUCCACUCGCGGGGAGCAGGAAACCCGGCGCAGCCGGGCGCAUUGGGCCGCGAUGCAACUGCAGCAGCAGGAGUCGCCCCGGGGCAGCAGCGGCAGCAGCAGCAGAGGCAGCAGCGGGCGGCGCUGAGCCGCCGCCGCCGCCACUGAGGAAGAAGCCGGCCCAGCCGCCGCCGCGUCCGGACCCCAGCGCCUGGAUCCCAGCGCCUCGAUCCCGGCGCCCCGACCCCCACGCCCGCCUCCGCCAACUUUCACGCUGCCUCGGCGGCCCGGCCCGGCUCGACGCCAAUGGUGGAGGCCAUAGUGGAGUUUGACUACCAGGCCCAGCACGAUGAUGAGCUGACGAUCAGCGUGGGUGAAAUCAUCACCAACAUCAGGAAGGAGGAUGGAGGCUGGUGGGAGGGACAGAUCAACGGCAGGAGAGGUUUGUUCCCUGACAACUUUGUAAGAGAAAUAAAGAAAGAGAUGAAGAAAGACCCUCUCGCCAACAAAGCUCCAGAAAAGCCCCUGCACGAAGUGCCCAGUGGAAACUCUUUGCUGUCUUCUGAAACGAUUUUAAGAACCAAUAAGAGAGGCGAGCGACGGAGGCGCCGGUGCCAGGUGGCAUUCAGCUACCUGCCCCAGAAUGAUGAUGAACUUGAGCUGAAAGUUGGCGACAUCAUAGAGGUGGUAGGAGAGGUAGAGGAAGGAUGGUGGGAAGGUGUUCUCAAUGGGAAGACUGGAAUGUUUCCUUCCAACUUCAUCAAGGAGCUGUCAGGGGAGUCGGAUGAGCUUGGCAUUUCCCAGGAUGAGCAGCUAUCCAAGUCAAGGCCUGAAGGUCUCCCUCCAGCUUCUCUGCUGCCCUUUCCAGCUCAUGGAGCAAAAGGAAAGACUACCUUUGAAGGGACAAUUCUGUACCGAGCUGCACCGGGAAAGACGGAGGGCCACAGACGCUAUUACAGUUUAAGGGAAACCACAGGCUCCGAGAGUGAUGGGGGUGACUCAAGCAGCACCAAGUCUGAAGGUGCCAACGGGACAGUGGCAACUGCAGCAAUCCAGCCCAAGAAAGUUAAGGGAGUGGGCUUUGGAGACAUUUUCAAAGACAAGCCAAUCAAACUAAGACCAAGGUCAAUUGAAGUAGAAAAUGACUUUCUGCCGGUAGAAAAGACCAUUGGGAAGAAGUUACCUGCAACUACAGCAACUCCAGACUCGUCAAAAACAGAAAUGGACAGCAGGACAAAGAGCAAGGAUUACUGCAAAGUAAUAUUUCCAUAUGAGGCACAGAAUGAUGAUGAAUUGACAAUCAAAGAAGGAGAUAUAGUCACUCUCAUCAAUAAGGACUGCAUCGACGUAGGCUGGUGGGAAGGAGAGCUGAACGGCAGACGAGGCGUGUUCCCCGAUAACUUCGUGAAGUUACUUCCACCGGACUUUGAAAAGGAAGGGAAUAGACCCAAGAAGCCACCGCCUCCAUCCGCUCCUGUCAUCAAACAAGGGGCAGGCACCACUGAGAGAAAACAUGAAAUUAAAAAGAUACCUCCUGAAAGACCAGAAAUGCUUCCAAACAGAACGGAAGAAAAAGAAAGACCAGAGAGAGAGCCAAAACUGGAUUUACAGAAGCCCUCCGUUCCUGCCAUACCGCCAAAAAAGCCUCGGCCACCUAAGACCAAUUCUCUCAGCAGACCUGGCGCACUGCCCCCGAGAAGGCCAGAGAGACCGGUGGGUCCGCUGACACACACCAGGGGUGACGGUCCAAAGAUUGACUUGGCCGGCAGUUCGCCAUCUGGCAUCCUGGACAAAGAUCUCUCGGACCGCAGCAAUGACAUUGACUUAGAAGGUUUUGACUCUGUGGUAUCAUCUACUGAGAAACUCAGUCAUCCGACCACAAGCAGACCAAAAGCUACAGGGAGGCGGCCUCCGUCCCAGUCCCUCACAUCCUCAUCCCUUUCAAGCCCUGAUAUCUUCGACUCCCCAAGUCCCGAAGAGGAUAAGGAGGAACACAUUUCACUUGCGCACAGAGGAGUGGACGCGUCAAAGAAAACUUCCAAGACUGUUACCAUAUCCCAAGUGUCUGACAACAAAGCAUCCCUGCCGCCCAAGCCGGGGACCAUGGCAGCAGGUGGCGGUGGGCCAGCCCCUCUGUCCUCAGCGGCGCCCUCCCCCCUGUCAUCCUCUUUGGGAACAGCUGGACACAGAGCCAACUCCCCGUCUCUGUUCAGCACCGAAGGAAAACCAAAGAUGGAGCUUGCGGCCAGCAGCCAGGCGGCCGUGGAGGAGCUAAGGACACAGGUCCGCGAGCUGAGGAGCAUCAUUGAGACCAUGAAGGACCAGCAGAAACGAGAGAUUAAACAGUUAUUGUCUGAGUUGGAUGAAGAGAAGAAAAUCCGGCUUCGGUUGCAGAUGGAAGUGAACGACAUAAAGAAAGCUCUACAAUCAAAAUGAAUACUUGAUCAAUGAAAUGUCACAUUAUUCAUCCUGAGUCCAAGACUCAAAUUUUCUGCCCCAGCCAAAAUAAUCUUGUGCCAAAAGAUGAAAGGUUUGCCUCAAAAUGUCCCUGUUUGAAAGAUUAGCACAAAAGUCUUGAUAGCACAACACAAAUUCCAUCCAAGAGGAGAAUCUUCCCCAGGGUUUAGUCCUGGGGCUGGCACUCGUUGUGACUUACACAGAGCAAAAUUGUGCUAAAGGCUUUUCUACUCUGAGAUCUCAAUGCGAAAUGAAAACUCAGGCAGUUUAGUCCAUAGUGGUACUAUUUUGAUGAUAUUUUCCAUUAAUAAAAUGUAAUUUCAGAUUAUUCGUUUACAAGCUUUAUAAUUUUAUGAUUUUUUAAUCGUGUUUUGUCACAGACUUCCCUAGUGUUUGUACUACACGUAGUCAGAAGCGAGUGUCCUUUUCUUUUGCUUCAGGCUGAGAGCUGCCUCGCUCUUUCUCCCCCCAUUAGGAUUCUAUUACAUAUGCAAUUGUAGGUUCAACCUGUCCCUUCCCCUGCCAGCAAACCCCACCACCCUAAGAGAAAUUUUAGCUUAUAUAUGAUGGUAUAUUUACCAAAAGAGAAAGAGAAAAUCUGGUAUUUGCAAUGAUCUGUGCCUUCUUUUUACCACCCUCUUGAUUGGAGCUUUUGUGAUGCAGCUACCAUGAUUCAAAAAAAUUAAAAAAUAAAAAUUAAAAAAAAACUGCCACUUAUCCAAGUCCACUAGAGGCCACUGUCUUCAAAGCUUCUCUCACCCUAGCCAAAGGUCCUAAGAGGAGACAGCUGUGAAGUUGGGCGUGCUCUGUGGUACCAGCUGUGACUUUUAUAUUUCUCCUAGUUUUAGGUUGUUCAUGAAACUAGAAAUGUCAUCCUGCUUGAUUUUUCAUCAGCCAAGUUAAACCCCUGCUUUCUGUCCUUUGCACCUUUUGCGUGAACAGAAUAUGCAUUCUUAAAGCAAAAAUAAAUAAAAGUAAAAUGCAAAUGAAAA